UAUGCAGCUGAAAAAUGUCUGUAAAACAGUGUAUAGCAAACGCGCUGGAGGAUCUGAAAGAGACGGACUUUCGUAAGUUUUGCCACCUUCUGCGAGAUCGCACGGAAAGUCCGCGGAUCAGACGCAGAGCUGUGGAGGGUAAAAGUAUUUGGGAGAUAGCGGAGCUCAUGGUUUCAACUUUCACCGAACCGAAAGCUCUUCAGGUGGCUAUUGAGACACUGAGGCAGAUGAAAUGCAACCAAGAGGCGAAGACACUGGAACAGGAAACCAAAGCUCUUUUAGACAAAGGAGGCCGCAAGAAGAAGACGAAGCCCUCACCAGCCAAGACGAAGCCCUCAACUACAAAGAAGAAGCCCUCAACUACAAAGAAGAAGCCCUCAACUACAAAGAAGAAGCCCUCAACUACAAAGAAGAAGCCCUCAACUACCAAGAAGAGCUUGAACGUGAUCAAGUUUGGCAGGCACAAAGAGGUGCACUUUGUGGAUAAACAUCAGCUUGAGCUGACCAACAGAGUGAGCAACGUUGCACCCAUUUUGGAUGACCUUCUCGAUAAAAAAGUCAUCCAACAAGAGAUGUAUGAUGAAAUCAGGAAGCUGCCUACCACUCAGAAGAUGAUGCGGGAGAUCUUCUCUGGUUGCCUUAAAGCUGGAAAACCCUGCAAAGAUAUCUUCUAUGAAAGCCUUGAGAAAAACGACUUGGGCACUGGUGCUAGUAACCUCCUCAUCACUGCUGCUCCUGUCGCUCUCGCUACUGCUCUCACCAUCACCUGCAGGGAACAGGAAACCAAAGCUCUUUUAGACAAAGAGGGCCGCAAGAGAAGACGAAGCCCUCACCAGCCAGACGAAGCCCUCAACUACAAAGAAGAGCCCUCAACUACAAAGAAAGAAGCCCUCAACUACAAAGAAGAAGCCCUCAACUACCAAGAAGAAGCCCUCAACUACCAAAGAAGAAGCCCUCAACUAAAAGAAGAAAAGCCCUCAACUACCAAGAAGAAACCCUCAACUACAAAGAAGAAGCCCUCAACUACCAAGAAGAGCUUGAACGUGAUCAAGUUUGGCAGGCACAAGGUGCACUUUGUGGAUAAACACCAGAUUGAGCCCAACAGAGUGAGCAAUGUUGCACCCAUUUUGGAUGACCUUCGUAAAAAAGUCAUCCAACAAGAGAUGUAUGAUGAAAUCAGGAAGCUGCCUACCACUCAGAAGAUGAUGCGGGAGAUCUUCUCUGGUUGCCUUAAAGCUGGAAAACCCUGCAAAGAUAUCUUCUAUGAAAGCCUUGAGAAAAACGAGUGCUAUCUCAUUGACGACCUCAAGAACUGGAACAGGAAUCCCUCAUCUACCAAGGAGAACUUGAACAGGAUCAAGUUUGGUAAGUACAAAGGUCAAACCUUCGAAUGGCUGUUGGAGAAUGACGUGAACUACAUUGUCUACCUCGUGGCGAGCCACCAGAAGGAGCUGGAAGGGGCAACGGGGAGCAAAAUGGACCAAUAUAAGGCCAACAAGGAUGCCUUGACUGAAUUCGCCAGUGAUAACCCUAAGGUUUUGGAAGAAGUCAGAUUUAAUCGUGCUUACAUGGAAUCCAGAGAGGCUGCCCUUAGCUCAGGCCAAAAUGGAAAGGUCCUUGUUGGCGUUCGUCCUUAUCAAUGGUCGACCCUGAAGGAUCUGUACGAAUCGAAGGAUUUGCAAAAAAUUAGGCAAGUCAAGUACCUCCGGACCAAGAAGUCAACCUGCAUCCCAAACUCCAACAUGGAGUUUGCUAUUAAUUACAUUUUGAAAAGAGACAAAGCAAGAGCAGCUGCUGCCAAGAGGCGAAUCAACAGCACCGCCCAAGCAUCGACAAAGAAACGAACCCGUGAACCAUGUGUCCAAAGCAACAGCAGUCAGCCGACUAAUGAUUCAGGGCCCGUACAGAAGAAGCAGAAAAGAAGCUGAAGUGGUGCAUCAUUUCAUCCAUCGCAUAACUGACUGAAUGAAUGGUGUAGGUAAUACAUUAUUGAUUACACUGAGGAACAAUUUGAAAAAAAAAUUGAGUGCAACUUGUUUGCGCAGUCACAAUUGAGACAGUGCGAUGAGAGGUGUGUGCAGCUCCCAGUAGGUCAGUACUAUCAAUAUCUGUUACUUUUGUUUAGUGAAAACAAGCACAUAUCUGUUAAGUGCAGUAUUUUUCAUAUUUUUUUAAGAAAACGAGGAUCCUAUAGUUAAAAAACUUGACGUGAUAAAGAAAAACUGAGAUUAGUUUUGGAUCCCCACCCAAAAAUUUGUUAAAAACAGCUGUCAGACCUAACUCAACAAAAAUUGUGUUCCCCAGUGUUAUCAACACUACUAAACUCCUUUAAUUACAACUUUUACACUGUAAAUGAUGUCUUAUUGAAAAACUGUAUGAACACACCUUAUCCUUUCACUCCCUCUUUGACUCAGUUAUCACACACACCAAUGAUCCUGCUUCAUCCCCUCCAACCCUCCUCCUCCCCCCACAGCACAUCACCUCCAUGCUUCCUAUUCGUUACAUGCAAUAAAGCUGUCUAAACUUAAA